AUGUUCUCUGCCAUGCUGAUGGACGCCCACCGUGAUGAACGCCCCGGGAUCCGCAUCGCCUACAGGAUGGACGGUUACCUUCCGAAUCAACGGCGGAUGCACUUCCAAUCACGCGUAUCCACAACCACCGUUCAUCAACUUCUCUUCGCCGACGACUGCGUCCUGAAGACCACCUCGGAAGAGGAGAUGCAACGGAGCAUGGACCUGCUCUCCGCUGCCUGCGAGAACUUCGGUCUGGUCAUCAACACGCAGAAGACGGUGGUCAUGCAUCAAACGCCAUCCACCACAGCCACACCCCCCAACGCGACGCCGCAAAUCAGCGUGAACGGAACCAAACUGCAAGUGGUGGAGAACUUCCCGUACCUGGGCAGCACCCCAUUUCGUAACACCAAAAUCGAUGACGAAGUCGCCCGCAGGAUUUCGAAAGCUAGUCAAACUAUCGGCCGCCUCCAAAGCACAGUUUGGAAUCGUCACGGUCUGAAACUGAGCACGAAGCUGAAGAUGUACAAGGCCGUCAUCCUGCCGACGUUGCUGUACGGAGCGGAGACUUGGACAGUGUACACAAAGCAGGCCCGUCGACUGAACCACUUUCACCUCAGUUGUCUCCAUCGCAUCCUGAGGCUGAACUGGCAGGAUUGA